AUGCUCAAUGCGAAGUUCGGCAAGCAAAUUCAGAAGCGCCAGCUUGAGGUCCCAGAGUAUGCCGCAAGCUUCGUCAACUACAAGGCUCUCAAGAAGCUGAUCAAGAAGCUGUCGGCUACGCCCACGUUAAGCGCACAAAUUGAUCCUCUGCGCUCCGCAAUAUCUAUAGACUCCCAGGCGGCUCUUCAGGCCAACAAGGCCACCUUCUUCUUCCAACUGGAACGAGAGCUCGAAAAGGUCAAUGCCUUCUAUUUGCAAAAGGAGGCCGAGCUCAAGGUCCGCUUGAAGACUCUUCUCGACAAGAAAAAGGUGUUGCAGUCGCGUAAUGGCGUUUCCAGACGAUCAGCAAAGUUCACCACGCUCGAAGAGGGCUUCCAACAGUUCGCCAGUGACCUGAACAAGCUCCAGCAGUUUGUUGAGAUCAACGGUACCGCCUUCUCCAAAAUCCUCAAAAAGUGGGACAAGACAUCAAAGUCCAAAACCAAGGAACUCUACCUCUCCAGGGCGGUGGAAGUCCAGCCCUUCUUCAAUGCCACGGUCAUCAGCGAACUCUCCGACCAGGCGACGACCAGUCUGCAAGAGCUUGGAGCUUGGGCCGAGGGAGACCAUGUCACCUUUGAACCACGAAAUGACCACAUCGUGAGCAGUCAACAUCUGCUUGGGACCGACGAGGGCGAUGCCGACACGCUGCUGCUUGAUACCGUAAUCUCCGGAAACCUGGAGGCGUUGAGAGAUCUGCUCGUUCGGAUGCGGUCUGCGGCGGCUGGCUCGUCCUCGGGAUCCGAACUCUCUCUGAUGGAAAGAAUUACCAGGACUUUUCUUGCAGCAAUCCACGAAGCACCGAAGGAAACCCUGCAGGUUCUACUCGAGACGGGCUUGGUUGACAUUCAGUCGGAAGAUGACAUCAACGAGAGGAAUUGCCUACACCAAGCUGCCAUCUACGGAAACAAUUUUGUUCUCGAGUAUGGCAUCACUAAAGGCGUUGCCGUCGACCGUACCGACGUGUAUGGCAGGGUCCCUUUGCAUUACGCCAGUAUGCAUGGCCGCUUGGACAUGCUCGAUGCCCUCUCCACUGCGAAUGCCCAAACGAUCGAUCUGAUCGACCACGACAACUUUACGCCGCUUGUACACUCGAUAAUUCACGGACAUCUGCAGUGUGUUGAACGACUUCUGGUGAAGUCCGCCCGCAUCGACCCGGUGUCCGACGCAGACCAUGUACCACUUAAUCUUGCAUGCGAGCACGGUUCGCUGGCAAUCGUGGAAUUGCUGCUCAAGCAUGGGGCACAGAUCCUCCCCGACGCCGAAGGACUCUAUCCCCAACAUCUUGUUGCUCGGUCCGGGCAACGGCCAGAGCUCCUGCUUUUGCUGAAGAAUUACGGCGCAAACCUCGAUCAGAUUGACAAGCUAUAUGGAUGGACACCGCUGGUCCAUGCCGCGAGCGAGGGCAACGUGCCGUGCCUGCAUGCUCUCUUGGAAGUUGGAGCCGAUCCAAACAUCGUCGACGAAAAAGACCUGCCGGCAAUGUAUUACGCAGCCUGGGAAGGCCAUUUGGAGUGUAUGAAGCUACUGACUCCCUACAACGCGAGGACAAAACCGAGCCCGAUGGUCACACAUUCCGGAGGUUUAGUUCCAAUGCUGACGAGCAGUGGACCUGAGCCGAUGGCUCUCGAUCCCGACGCCAUCCCCGAACUUGAGCUCCCACCGCCGAUAAUACCGCUGCGCCGCUACGGACAUAACUUCCUGGACACAAAGACUGUCAUUCAAAUUAGUUUCGAAGAAAACGGGGACCAGCCGCUGGUGUUCUUCCACGAUGGCAAAUAUCCCGCUGCACGCCUCACCAUCUCGUCCAAGGUUUCUGAUCUCAUUCCCAAGAACAUCAUGCUGCCUUUCCAAGAAGAUACCCGGCUUGUUUCCUUUCAAAUUGAUAACCUCGAGUCCUUUACCCUGGACUUCGACGUCUUUCCCACCUAUGGAGCGAAGAUCAUUGCCAAGACGGUGGCACUCCCUAAUACGUUCAAGGCGCUGCUCAGCAGCUCCGGAAAAUGCUGUCUGCCCCUGUUUGACCCCAGACUGCGCGCAAUCGGUCAGAUCAGCUUCCAUACGCAGGUCAUCAAACCCUUCAAUGGAAAGCCGCUGGAGAUCACCGAUUUCGAGACGUAUUGGAAGGCAACAAGCCAGUUUGACCGCAGCCCAAGCACAUUUGUGACGGGCUCGAGUCUGUCUGGAGACUUUGUUCGGUUGUUUGUCCAGCACACCAGCGAUGGUGUACCAGUCUUGUGGCCUAGGUGGACGAUCCCAUGCGGCGGGAUUGAUUUGCCAAUCUCGAGGUUAACGAUGGAGCAAUUCAACACCAUCACGUCUAAAAGCCCAAGCCGAGACGAGCUGUCCUCGCUGCCGUCGAAGCAACUGGACGCGAUCGCUGAUGUCCAUCGUGUUCUGGCCACGGCAGGUAUUCCUCUUAAUGAGGCAUUGGCUUUGCUUCCCCACGGAAUGCAUGUCAAUAUCCAGGUCCUCUACCCAACGCCCGAAGAGGAGCGGACCCAGGGCCUUGGGCCGUCGCAGGAUCUUAACACGUUUGUUGACUCCUUGCUUACGAUUGUAUUUGAUCAUGCGCGCGCCCAAAGAGCCCAGUCCCUCGAGUCGGUCCGUUCUGUUGUCUUCAGCUCAUACAACCCGAGCCUCUGUACGGCACUUAACUGGAAGCAACCAAACUUCCCAGUUUUCUUGUGUAACGACCUUGGCCGGGAAGACUCAAUGUCGCCACCAGACAUCAUCCAGAGCCAUGGACGCAGGUCCGCGUCGAUCAAGGAGGUUGUCAGGAUUGCGCAGAGCAACAACUUCAUGGGUUUGAUUUGCUGCUCAAGAUUAUUGGAAAUGGUCCCUGCUUUGGUUGAUGCCAUCAAGUCACAUGGGCUGGCGCUUGUCACGGACAAGUCGCUGGACCCUUCAAAUACCAACUCCCUCUCUGACCCAUUCCCGAGGCUGCCUAAGGGGGUGGACGGUGUGCUGAAAAGUCAUGGUGUUUUGCGCUUCAACGAGUCCAUCGAUGUGUAA